AUCAGUUUUGAACCUCUCGUUCGCUCUUAUCCACUUUGCUGUCUUCUCCUACCUUCCGACUCCUUCCCGAUCUAGAUCCUCUUCUCCAGCUCCGAUCCGAUCGCUGGCGAAACCCAGCCGCCCCUAGGGCGUGACAAUCUCCCAGCUGCGCAGAUGCCAGUGGACACCAGCACUCCCCUGGAGGCUGACGACGAUUUGGAAUCUGGAUGCUGCACACACUGGCUGAAGCUUGCGGCGACUCAGAUGACCUGACGAGGCAAUAGAUGUUCCUGGUGACCGAAACUGGGAUUGGGAGACUACAGAGCACAUGCAGUGAAGGCAAUGUUGACAAGCAACUCUGUUGAGAUAGGCACCGCGUUUGCAUCCUGCAAGUAAACUUUGAACCGCAUAUUGGCAGCGUCAUCCAGCUUGUUCCAGCACACAGAAUCAAUCUACUCUCGCACGUCUAGACAGUGCUGGGUUGGUGGAUGCUGUAGACAGACAAUGAGAAAAGUGUAACCUCCUUUCCCCUCUCGCACGUCUCUCCUCACCUACUCUCUUCUUCCUCGAUUCCUCAUCUCCUCUAGUUCGGGCCGUGACAAAAUCCACGUCUAGACAGUGGGCAACAUCUAAAAUUCAUGAUCGUUGCAGAGGACUGCAGCUGAGCUUCUUAAGGUAAUCACUGCAGAGGACUGCAGUUGAGCUUCUUAAUGUAAUCGCUUCAGAGGACUGCAGCUGAGCUUUCUUCAGGAUGCUUUGAACCAAUCAUCCACACAGUGGCAUCUUUGAUUCAAAUAAAUCCCAUUGGAAUUCUGAGAAGUGGGCUUCUUUUAAAUGUUUUCGUAUAAGAACCUUUCUUUAUUCAAAGGAAUUAUAUGGAAUUUUGGAGUACUCUGUUCUUUGGGACUUCCCCCCUAUACAGCAUGUUUGAUUUGUUGGACUGAGAACCAUAUGAAUUUCACGUGCAAUUCAAAAGACUAUUUCACGUGCAAUUCAAAAGAAGAGUCUAACCUCAUGGGUUUGUUCCAUUCAAAAGUGACAUGUUAAGUGUUUGUGACAUGUCUCAUGCUAAAGCGUAGCGCUGUCUAAUGUUUUCCUAAAAGUGUAGUAUAGUAAUAGUAUUGAAAAAGAAGUAUAUUGUCAUGAGCGAUGAGAAUCUAAGAGCCAGAUCUAAUAGACUCAUGAAGAAUGCAUUUUUUCUUGUUUUAAGGGUAUUGUGUUUGUAACUGCAAAUGGAUCACCGAACUAUUACCUCACAAAAAGUACUGGAGCGUAUUCUAUUUGAUGAAAGCGCAGAACCAAAGGCCCUAUCGUUAUCACUUCUGGAGCACAUCACCAAUAGUUUCUCUGAUGACAAAGAAAUUGGCUGUGGUGGCUUUGCAACGGUUUAUAAGGGAGUGCUUGACAAUGGCACUGUUGCUGUGAAGAAGCUUUGCGAUAUGGUUGAUAUGGAUGAGAAGAAAUUCAGCGAAGAAAUUCGUCGUCUGAUGAAGGCAAAGCACAAAAAUAUAGUACGGUUCCUAGGAUAUUGCUCUGACACACAAGGGGAAAUGGUAGACUGCGAGGGAAAACUUGUCUUAGCAGAUGUACGACAAAGGCUACUCUGCUUUGAAUAUCUACCUAAAGGCAGUCUAGAUAAGCACAUCACCGAUGUAUCUUGUGGACUUGAAUGGAGAAAGCGCUACCAAAUCAUCAAUGGAAUUUGUGAUGGUUUAUAUUAUCUUCACCAAAAUCACAUCGUUCACUUGGAUCUUAAACCGGUAAAUAUACUGCUAGAUGAUAAUAUGUUGCCGAAAAUUGCUGAUUUUGGUCUAUCGAGGUGCUUUGAUGAAAAGCAAAGCCAGGCUAUUACAUCAAAACUAAUUGGAACUAUAGGAUAUUUGGCACCAGAAUUUUAUACGCGCAAACAGAUCACAUUCAAGUUAGACAUUUAUAGUCUUGGUAUGAUAAUCAUAGAGAUACUAACAGGAGACAGGGGACAUGCUGAUAUUGACAAUGUACUUGAGAGGUGGAGAAGUAGGUUGGAGAAAUCUCAGGGAGACAGACAACUGGUACAAGUACGAGUAUGCACUGAGAUAGCGAUUGAGUGCGCUGACUUCAACCCGGCGAAACGACCAGAUACUCAGCAUAUAAUUGAUAGGCUCGGCGAAACAAGAAAUGCGGAUGAGUUCGCUACUGAAACUGGGGCGAGUAGUAGUUCAUCAGUAGCAAAGUCAGGAGCUGUGGCCCCUGGUCCCACAAUUGGUCCAGAGAAUACAAUGGCUAAUGAGUUAGAGAAGUUGACAGAAGGACUAUAUGAUAUGACAAAAAACCAGCGUUUCAGUUUGAUGCCCGAUGAUAGCUCUAAUGUGCAGCAAGAAACUGACAUAUAGGAAACACAUCAUCAGAUGUGGAAGAAUCACUGAUCAUCGGGAGGACUGAAGAAAGAGAUAACAUAGUGGCUACUUUAUCUGGGAGUAUCUCACCCGAGUUCACUGUCCUUCCAAUAUAUGGCUUUGGAGGUAUUGGUAAGACAACGUUAGCCCAACUAGUUUUUGAUGAUGCUCAGUUUGCAGGUUACUCUAAGGUUUGGAUCUAUGUGUCCCAAAAUCUCGUCCUGAAUAAAAUUGGCAACUCUAUAAUAUCACAGCUAUCAGAGGAGAGCCAUGUAGCUGAAAGGCAGAUGAUACAUAUUAAACUCAGAGAGCUACUUGCUGGGUUGGUGCGGGCAGCAUGGUGACAGUUAUCGUAACCACAAGAGAUGAAGCAAUUGCAAGGGAAAUUUGUCAUACAGUUGAGCCAUACGAGCUAGAGACUUUAACAGAUAAAAUCUGCUGGAAAAUAAUAAAACAGAAAACUGCCUUUAAAGAUCGAGUUGACAAAAACCAAUUGAAGCAUAUAGGAAGGGAGAUUGCAAUCAAAUGUGGGGGUGUGGCCUUAGCGGCUCAAUCACUUGGAUACACGCUGAAGGGGAAGACGCCUGAUGAGUGGGAGUCAGUAAGAGACCAUUAUAUCUGGAAUAUAUCUAUUUUGGAGGAAUCUUCGUCAAGAGAUCAUGAAGUGCUCGCGUCCAUGCUGAUAAGCUAUAGUCAUAUGCCUGAAUGCUUGAGGUCGUGAUUUACCUAUUGUGCAGUGUUUCCAAAAGGUCAUAAUAUAGUGAAGUAUGAUCUAAUUCACCAAUGGAUAGCUCUUGGAUUCACUGAGCGGUCUAGGAUAUUUGACUCUAUGCAGCUCUGCGAGAAAUAUGUCAUGCAACUUUUGGGGAUGUCCUUCCUUCAGUAUUCAAAGACACCUAUGAAUGAUAGAUGGCGAGACAAAGAUGUUACAGUGUUCACGAUGCAUGACCUAGUGCAUGAUCUCGCAAGAGCAAUCUUGGCCGAUCCAGUAAACAAUAAGGGCAGUGUUGUGGGAAACGGAUGCCUUUAUGCAUUUCUCACAGAUUGUAGCAAGCCAUUGCAGUUAUCCGCGACUUCUUCUGCAAAUAUAAAGGCGUUGCAUUUUCUAGACUCUGGCAAAUUAGAACUCCGUGGUGAUGCCUUUUCACUAGGUACAUGCCUCCGUGUCUUGGAUUUAAGUGAAUGCCUUAUACGGAAGUUGCCAGAAUCUGUUGGUCAACUGAAACUAUUGAGGUUUAUUCGUGCUCCAAGGAUCCGAGAUCAGAUGAUUCCUAAUUGUAUCACCGAGCUCUCAGAAUUAAAUUACCUCAACCUUAGAGGCUCUCAUAAUCUCUCAGCACUGCCGGAGUCAAUUGGUGGUAUGAAAGGUCUGAUGCAUCUUGAUCUAUCAGGUUGCCAUGGAAUACGUGAACUCCCAAAAUCAUUCGCGGAACUGAAGCAGUUGGUGCAUUCACUAGUAGGAAAAGGGGCUUUUACCCCGGUUCAUAAGGGCCUUUAGUCCCGGUUCAGGAACCGGGACUAUGCGAUGGGCGAACGACGGGAAUUGAACCCGCGCAUGGUGGAUUCACAAUCCACUGCCUUGAUCCACUU